GAAACAAUGGGAAUACGGCCACAGGCAGGAUUUUAAGUUUUUUUUUCCUUUUCUGUUAUUUUGCUGCCUUUGGAUAUGGAUACUACUCCCAAAUUUGUUAUACUACCAGAAACACCAACAUUAAUAAAGGGCCAAACCAAAGUUUACCAAGCGGCUGCUCUCCGCAGCGGCUCCGGAACCAGUGGCCGCCGUGCUGUGAUGAACUGUGACUGAGCGCCGCCGCUCCAUCAUCUCACCGCGCGGAUUUACUCCGUUCUUCCCUUCCGCUAAAAAUUUCGGGCUUCUCUUCCCUCUUCCUCUCCUUCAUGCUGUAGGUGUUGCCGAGAAAUGUGAAGUGAAAUCUGCGAUUGGAUUGGGUAUCGUCUACUCUUCAGAUCUCGUCGGCGGCAUUUCUAGAUCUAGGGUUUUGGAGUCCCUCCUCCUGCCAUCCUCUCUCCCCAUGGCCACACCAUUUUCCUUACCCGUUACCGCUGCACAGGUCGGUUCAUACUUCGUAGGACAGUACUAUCAGAUAAUACAACAACAGCCAGAAUUUGCCCACCAGCUCUAUAGUAAUGUUAGCACCAUGAUAAGGAUUGAUGGCAAUGGUAGGGAUGCUGCUUCUGGCAUGCUGCAAAUCCACACACUUGUCAUGUCACUCAAUUACACCGGGAUAGAGCUCAAGACAGCACAUUCCCUAGAAUCAUGGAACGGUGGUGUUUUAGUGAUGGUUUCUGGCUCUGUCCAUCUAAAUGGAUUCAGCAGGAGAAGAAAUUUUGUGCAAACCUUUUUCCUUGCGCCUCAGGAGAAGGGUUACUUCAUCCUCAAUGAUAUCUUUCACUUUAUUGAAGAGGAAAAGAUAACCCCACAUCAUGCCACCUAUUUAAGUCAGGGCAGCGUUGAUCAAAAGCUUAAUCAAACUACUGCAUUUCCACAUGAAGUGUCCAAAUACAUGCUUGGAGGUGAAAUUCCGGCUAGGGAAUAUGUGGAUCCGGCAAAGAUUGAAGAAAAUGGACGAGUCAAUGGCUACCAUUAUGCAGAAGAGCAGCUGCAGAAAGCAUCUGAGGUUCAAAAGAUCCCUGAAGACAAUUAUGCAGUCCAGUCAAAUGGUUCACUUCAGAGUACAAUAAACAUGUCACGAGAUUACUUGUCUCCCCAAAUUGAGGAACCGAUUGCUGAGCCCCAGAAACACACUUAUGCUUCUAUUGUUGCUAAAGCACCAUCUGUCCAAGCUUCUAUCAAUCCUGCACCUGAGUCUCAAGGUGUGUCAGACGCCCCUGCCCAGCUGGCAUCUAUGCCGUCCAACUCUGUCGAGAGGUCAGUGGUUGAAGUAGUUGAAGAAUAUCCAGUUGUGGAUGAUGAAAUGGAGGUGAAGUCAGUGUAUGUGAGAAAUGUACCAACGACAAUGAGUCCCGCUGAAAUCGAGGAGGAAUUUAAGAAGUUCGGUAAACUAAAGCCUGAUGCUGUGGCUAUUAGAACACGAAAGGAUUUUGAUGUAUGCUAUGCAUUUGUUGAAUUUGAAGACAUAACAAGUGUGCAGAACGCAAUUAAGGCAUCCUUUGUUGAAAUUGGAGGACACCAGCUAUAUAUUGAAGGUAGAAGACCAAACAGAAACAACUUUUACCGAGGAAGAGGUCGCGGGAGAGGAAAGGUCAAUUACCAGAUGGAUGGAAGGGCGGGGUCACAGUUUCGUGGCCAUAGAGGAAGUAUCGGGGAUGGCGGUGAUCAUGACUACCGAAAUUCCUCUUCAUCAGCAAGAGGCAAUGGUGGUGGUUUCUAUCGGCAAAAUGGGCAAACUCCACGCCACGAAAGAGCCUUUUCUUAUGGUUCAAGAAAUGGGCACAGCGGAUCGGAAUAAUUAAUUAGUCACUAGUGUGAAACCACGCUAUAGUAUUUUUUUGAGUACCCAACUAUAUAUAUAUUCGAAACC